UAUGAUAUGAACAACAAAGAGCAAACAUGAGUACCACUUCAGUAAGAUCUCCCGUUCUCUUAAUAUUAAUAUCUUUCUUUCUAUUGGCAAUUCCCAUGGGAGCUUCAAGCUCCACUCAUCAUGGAGACUUUCUCAAGUGCCUCUCGGAUCACUCUAAUACUUCCAUCCCAAUCUACACCCCACAAAAUUCUAAGUACUCAUUCAUCUUGCAAUCCACUUUGGCAAGCCUGAGAUUCAAUACUUCCACAACUCCUAAACCCUUUCUUAUAUUAACACCUUUGACAGAAUCCCAUGUCCAAACUGCUGUGGUUUGUUCAAAGAAACAUGGAAUUCAAAUCAAAGUUCGCAGUGGAGGCCAUGACUUUGAAGGACUUUCAUAUAUAUCAGAUGUUCCAUUUAUAAUCGUUGAUUUGUUCAACCUCAAAAAAAUCGACGUUGAUGUAAACAGUAAAGUAGCAUGGGUUCAGUCUGGCGCAACCACGGGUGAAGUCUAUUACACAAUCGCUAAGAAAAGCAAGACUCUCGGCUUUCCUGCAGCAAUAUGCACUACUGUCGGUGUUGGUGGGCACUUUAGUGGAGGUGGUUAUGGAUUCAUGUUAAGAAAAUAUGGCACUGCAGCAGAUAAUGUCAUUGAUGCACGAAUAGUGGAUGCUCACGGUAAAAUACUCAACAGAAAAUCCAUGGGAAAAGGCUUGUUUUGGGCCAUCAGGGGAGGUGGUGGAGGUAGUUUUGGUAUCGUCAUUUCAUGGAAGAUCAAAUUAGUAACUGUUCCUCCUGUAGUAACUGUUUUUUCCGUGAGCAAAACCUUAGCAGAGGGUGCAACUUCACUUGUUCACAAGUGGCAACAAGCUGCACACAAACUUCCUCACGAACUCUUCAUAAUGCUUGGGUUAGGUAUAGUGGAUGCUACUCCAAAGGGAGAAAAAACAAUCAUAGCAACAUUCGACUCCAUGUAUUUAGGUGAUGCCAAGAAGCUUCAAACUAUAAUGCAAGCAAGAUUUCCCGAGUUGGGUUUGGAGAGUAAAGACUAUACCGAAAUGAGCUGGAUUCAAUCUGUACUCUUAUUCGAUGGAAUUCCUACGAACAGUUCCAUAGAUGUCUUAGUGAGUAGGCCUCAACCAAAGUCAUUGGCCAAGGUAAAAUCUGAUUAUGUGAAACAAGUCAUUCCACCAAUUGAGCUAGAAAAUAUAUGGAAAAGAAUACUAAAAGAUGAGCAAACUGGAAUGAUGUUUAUGCCUUAUGGUGGUAAGAUGAGUGAGAUUGCAGAAACUGAAACUCCUUUCCCACAUAGAAAUGGAACCUUAUUUAAGAUUAUAUACUUAGUUUACUGGACAGAAGAACAAGUUGGGAUAUCUAAAAAGUAUUUGAAUCAGAUCAAAAGAAUGUAUGAGUUCAUGACUCCUUAUGUUACUAAGUCUCCAAGAGAAGCAUAUGCCAAUUACAGAGAUCUUGAUUUGGGUCAAACAAGUAAAAAUGGCACAGCCAGUUAUGCACAAGCUAAGGUUUGGGGUAGCAAAUACUUCAAGGGUAACUUCGACAAAUUAGUAUACGUGAAGAGUAAAGUUGAUCCAGACAAUUUCUUUAGAAAUGAACAAAGCAUCCCAAGUAUUCCUAUAUUCAGAGAAUAUUUCAACACUACUAGCUAAGAUUUUGAUGACUAUUGAUACCUUGUGAAAAGACGUGUGAUUUAUGUUUAAGUGGUGUUAGGUACUUAAAAUGUAAUUUUCUUCCAGGGGAUUGUAACAUGCUAGCUGCUUAGCCGCAUGACUUGGGAAAAAUAAAUAUGAUAGUAAAUGUUUUGGACUUCCCCUCC